CUCCACCGGGCGUCAGUGAACGCAUCACUGGAAGCGAGUGAGUGCGCAGGAGUCGCGCACGGAAAUCCGAGGGAAAAAGCGAGGAGCCAGACGCGAGCACACAGUAGAGCAUCUGGCGGAUCUGCGUGUCGGACACCAUGAGAGGUUUCCCCCCGGCGAGAAGAGACAGCGUCGAUGCGCGCGAGUGAAGAGGACGACAGCGGGACGCCGUUUCUUCUCCUACAGCUCCUCGUCGUUUUCGUUCGAUCAGAGGUUUGGGGCGAAAUUUUGGUUUCAUGUUUUCACACCUCUACGGCUGCACUGGGAGCAGAAAAAGCCACAUCGCCCAGUGCGCACCGAACAUUCGUCUGUGGAGUGGUUACGCACGGAACAGUGGAGCGUUGAACGACGCAGACGGGGCUGUGAAGUGUUUAGAAAAGUUGAGUAUAGUUUUGGAAGUCAUCCUUCGCGGGUGAUGAGCGAUUUCAAAGGCAACUACUGAGCGGACUGGACGUUUGCAUGGCUUCCAUCCAGGGCCAAGUGUAGUGGUCGGUGUUUGAUGGCUGAGGACAGCAGAUGCAGUGGUUUCUGGCGAGAGAGGACUCAGUCAGAGUGAAGUGAGGCGGCAUCCGCGCACUUGUUUGCGCACAGACACGGCGGACUGCAGCAACUAUCUUCGUUUUCUCUGCCCCCCGUCCGUCUUUCUUACCUCCGCUGCUGCUGCUAUCGUAGUAUGUCUGCACUUCGAAAGAAAUUUGGGGACGAUUACCAGGUAGUGACCACCUCCUCCAGCGGGUCUGGAUUCAACCAGCCUCUCCCUGAGAAGAAGAGGAAGAGGCAGCGCUUCGUGGACAAGAACGGGCGAUGCAACGUCCAGCAUGGCAACCUGGGCGGCGAGACCAGCAGAUACCUCUCAGACUUGUUCACCACGCUGGUGGACUUGAAAUGGCGCUGGAAUCUGUUUAUUUUCAUCCUCACCUACACAGUGGCCUGGCUCUUCAUGGCCUCCAUGUGGUGGUUCAUCGCUUACAUCCGAGGGGACCUCAACAAAGCGCACAAUGAGAAGUACACUCCGUGCGUGGCCAACGUCUACAACUUUCCCUCAGCCUUCCUCUUCUUCAUCGAGACCGAGGCCACGAUAGGAUAUGGCUACCGAUACAUCACAGACAAGUGUCCCGAGGGGAUCAUUCUCUUUCUCUUUCAGUCCAUCCUGGGAUCCAUCGUUGAUGCCUUUCUGAUCGGAUGCAUGUUCAUCAAGAUGUCCCAGCCCAAGAAGAGGGCCGAGACCUUGAUGUUCAGCGAGCAUGCUGCCAUUUCUAUGAGAGAUGGAAAACUAACUCUCAUGUUCAGGGUGGGAAACCUCCGAAACAGCCAUAUGGUCUCUGCACAGAUCCGCUGCAAGUUGCUCAAAUCACGGCAGACGCCCGAAGGCGAGUUUCUUCCGCUGGAUCAGUUGGAGCUGGAUGUCGGAUUCAGUACCGGCGCGGAUCAACUCUUUCUGGUCUCACCGCUCACGAUCUGCCACGUGAUCGACACCAAAAGCCCCUUCUAUGACCUUUCCCAGAGGUCUAUGCAAACAGAGCAGUUUGAGAUUGUGGUGAUUCUAGAAGGAAUAGUGGAGACGACGGCCUUCCUGGAGUGUUCGAUGAACCAUUGGCCUUCUAGGCUGCAGAAAGAACCAUCUCCAUUCUUCCUUCUUUUACGUGCCGGCAGAGAGCCAACCUGAUGGCAGCCUCUCGAACGUGGGGGCCAGUGGUGUGCUUUUAAGGUCCCGUUAGAAUCCAGGAAUCCCAUUUUCACAAGAUGAGUAAUGCCUGGAGUAAAAUUCUCUCAUGUGGUCAUUUGAAAUUCUCUGGCUUCAUCAGACGCCGCUGAUAAAGUGUGGGGAGAGCCCCGCCAGAGGAGGAUAUGACUGUUUUCAGAGGCUGCUUAUAUGGAGACAGAGAUUUCAGAUGAUAGCGAAAGACAAUUAUCCCCAUCUGGAGCCAUCUCAUCUUGAGUUUCAUAAAGGGUCUUGGAUGUGGCGGAGCGCUGAGAGGUAGAGCUGUCUAAAUCGGCCUGUUGGUGUGUGAAUUUAGACGGAAUUCACUCAGCUGGGAGCGAUUUCGUGAUGAACGUUCUCACACUCUGACUAAGUGAAAAACUAGAAAACAUUAUGUGAUGAGAGCCCAAACUCACAUACACACCAAUUGUGUAAAAGUGGUGUGUUGAAUAGUGGCAUGACAAAUUAGAAAGGCACUCGAGAGAGCGUACGGCUAGUUUCCUGCCAGUUUGUGAUUUUCUUCUGCCCAUUAUUAUUGAGCUAUGUUGAUUUUGAUAUCUCUCUUGGGGUGUUAAAUAUCGCAAUGAGCUCAUGUGGACAGCAGCAAUAGUCUUAUGGACAAUGCAUUCUCACUCCUGAGGUGUAGUUCGAUCAUCAGGUAGAGUUUUGCGUCCAAUGUAGACACAGAAUUCAGCCUCCAUGUUGGAUGUUGAUUCUUGGCAAGUGUAUUAAAACUGAGCGUCUCACGGCCCAAAGGUCUAAAGCAAGAAAACUUUUAGGAGCCCUCGAGGAGACGCUCGGAGUCCCAACCAUGGGCCCCGGCCCUAUGGUCAAAAAUCACUGCUAUACACUACAGAUCUAUGCUGCAGCAUUGGAAACUUUUUUUUUUACAUUUUUUAAAAAAUGAUGUGCCUCUAACUUGAUGACACACCACGGUAGAAUGAUGGAAUGUUACAUGUGACGCAUGUCUGCACCAUAGAGCUACAUGACGUUUAACACGAAACUUUAUUGACAGUUGUAGUAUAUCAAGGUUUGCCUCAUUGUUUAUUGCUGCGAGCCAGUUACCUCUGGGAACUGUAUUCCAGUUACCAAAGAAGACACUCCUUAAACAGCAUUGCAGUGUUGCAUCGGCCAGGCGAGCGACAGCCACUGUUAGCAUGAUCCGCAUUGUUGUUGGCAUAUAUAGAGCAUGAACGUUUAAAAUGUGCAAACAGUAAAUGUUGAGUGCAAACAGGUGGUCAUCAUAACGUAUUGUGUCUUUACAAAUAUACAAUAUUGUGGGGCAACGUCGGGUGGGGUGUUAUGUACAUUACACUAUUCAACAUUCAAUAUAUGCAAUAUUAGUGGCGGUGUAGGUACCAAAUGUGUCCGCUUACCAAAUGUGUCCUACCUGCCAUGGAGUGAUGACGUUACAUCCGGCAUACGAUAUAUAUUUUUUAAUGUUGCGACGCGUUGUUCCGCAGACUGCGGAGAAGAACGGACAUAAACGUCGCAAACGAGUCGACAAACAUCGCAUUUUGUGGAAAUAAAUGCUACGCAUGUGGUAUAAAUCACUUUGAAAUCCUUUAUUUCAAUUUUCUCUGGCUCAUUAAAAUGUUAAAAAAAGAUGUAUAUGCCAGAUGUGACGUUAUCACUCUGCAGCAGGUAGGACACAUUUGGUAAGCGGACAUAUUUGGUAGGUACAGCGGUCUCCUCACUGUUGACACACACAAGCAGCCACCUUGGAUUGUGAACUCAGGAUGAUGAGGAUACUUCCACCUUCCGACUAGGAAAUCUGACAUUGGGUGACGCCAUCUAGGUGGCGCUGCUGGGAAUUGACCCCUUCUGAGGACAAUUCUAAUAGUUGGCUUAAAACUACAGUAAAUGAAGUACUGAACAAACACGCCCCAAAAUGAAAACACUCAAAAAGAAAAUUGUUAUGAAGCAAUCUGAGGGUUACCUGUAAAGUCCCCUAAACUAAACUAAGAUAAUGCCAGAGAAGGUAAAUUCGGAACUGAAAUAAAACACAGUGCAGUAAUGUUCAGUGUUAUUAAUCUGACAUGAUGUCUGCUUAGUAGAAGAUAAAAAUCGAUUAAAUAGAAUAAUACGUUUCUGUAGCCAAACAUUGCUGUUUGAUAUCUUCUGUUCAAAAUAUUUCAGUUUGUGUUUUCAUUUGACCUUUUACAGAAAAAGCUAUUGUUUUGGUGCACUUGUUGAAAUGACUGUUGAUGAAAGGAAAUAGAUGUGUCUUCACUGAUGUUUGCUGACUGUUGAUGUUGCUCUUUAUCGGAGCCUUUUGUUAUGUUUACGUUCUUCACAGAUGUUGGCAAAAAUCUGUCAGUGUGUUCAGUUCGGAGAGCUUUGAGUACCGAGCUCAAUAACAAUACUCUAAAAAGUCAAAUUAACAUCAAAGCAGUUCUGCGAGUCUAACGUUGAUAUAUUUGAAUAAUGUUUUAGGCAAAAUAAUGGGACGGUUUUUGAGGUCUGAGACUGUGCCUUCUCAGACCUCUGUCUCUUCUCACUCACUUUGGAACGGGAGAAGAGUCUGUCAACUCUUGCUCCUCCGGCAAUGCCAGCCUUCACUUUUCAAGCUUCCCACCUACGAUUUCUCAUUCUCCUUCGAGAGGUGUAACAGAGAGAGAGGAUGAUUUGGCCGACCAAACCUGCGCCCAGCCAUUCACACAGAAAUGGAUGCGGAUUCAUUUGGAAGUGGUCAGAAAACUACGGUCUGUUCUCACUGUUCUAAACACAUGACAUACUCAGAGGAGUUCCUUCGAACCCUUGGUUCUGAACCCUAACUGUUGGAGAGCUUCACUUGCUGCAGACUGCAGUUGUUGGGACUCAUAUUGUGCGUGGGCUGUGGAGUUAUUCGUAAUUGACAUCAUGAAAUUAUGUCGCAGGCCACGUAUAAUUACGUUACACCGAACUGCAUUCAGUGGAAACCUUUGGUUUGUCAUGGCUGGUCAGGAAAUGACUGUGAAAGAAGCGUGGAUUCGUAAAAAGGCACCUCUCUUUGUUUUUGCUUCAUGAUAGACGGAGUAGAAAUAUACAUAAUAGUGUCUUUGUCAUUGUACUUAACACUUCAGCAUCGCCAUGGAAACGGCAGCCUGUUAUUUAGCAACACCAAAUUUAGUAUUGUGAAGUCCAGCUGAACGUCCUUGGCAAGUUUGACAGCAUUUUGUCAUCAUUUCAGGUUCCAUCUUCAGCUACUAUUUAAAAUGCGCCCUCACUCUGCCGCGGAAAAUGUUUAUUUGUGGCUCGUGUCAGCGAGCGUUCGUGCCACAACGUCAUCCAUUUAUGAUGACUGACUUCGCAAAUUAGUCGAGGAACUUUUCAGCCUUUACUGUAAUGAAUGUGUGUAUUCAGGGGUAUUUAUAGCUCAGCAGUCACUGUCAGCGGGGCACGUGUCACAUUGUCAAGGCACAUAAUACCACAUCAUAGUAACAAUUAGACUGCCUUGUCUUCAAUUUUGGAACGGCUGACUGACAUCGUGCGGAGACAAAGUCCUGCUUAUGCAGAGUGGAGGCUGAUGUAGACACAAUCUACGGUUAAAAAUUAAUGUACAGUGAAAGUCUAAAUCCUCAGACGCUUUCAUUUCUGGCCAAUGUAACUCUGUUUCCAUGGCAACCUCUCCUUGAGUAUUCAGGAUUGCAGCAUUGCACCUAAACUUAGGUUUUUCAUUCCUAUGGUAUGGGAAUCACAACACAAUUUCGGUGAUCAACAAAGCAAAGUGGAGACGUGAACAUGAAAUGAAAUUGCUGUUGACAAUGUGCCAGGUGAGUCGCAGCAGGUAUUGAAGAUUGCUCCAGGAAUAUGAAAAGCACGGGCGUUCUUGUAACACGAAGUGCUUGCCAGUACAAGAAACACGGCAGAGGAAGAAUGAGAUUAAAUAUUUAUUACCCAGGCUCUGUGUUUUCUAGGGAAGAAGCUGUGCAACUCACCUGCUCCCUGUUUCUUAUUUAUUUCUCACAGCCAACAUUGCUUAUUCUAUCUUUGGCUAAUCUUUCCUCUUAUACAAUGCCAUAAUAACAACAAAAAAAGCUUUUGACUCGCUAACCUUUCGAUCACAGAGGAACAUUUUGGACACAAGUUCACACCCAGGAUUUCUCCAUUGUGCUCUCACCCCUGACAACCGCUCUAAAAAGGCACAAGCUGUUCAUCUGGUGCUCUGAAUAGGCGCCCAAAAUGUUUUGAUCACUGCUUCAGUGUGAUGCACACUACAAAUGCGACGUGUAGGUUUGCUAGAAGCAGAUUUCCUCCUGGAGCAAAGCCAGUGGUGGCUUUGUUGUGUUUCCUCACGCAGGUUGUGGGGAGAGAUUCAGCUUUUUGCUGUUGAAGGAAGAUGGGCUUUACAUCACCCCGCAAUUAAUGAACUGUGCACGAUGUCUGGCUUCUGCCGCAGAAACAAAUAAGCGAUGUAGUUUACAGUGCUGCAGAAGUGUUUUCAGACGUGUUAACAGUCAAUAAAAAAAAAAAAAAAACUUUACGCACAGUGCUAGCAGUUGCAUGGGAGCCUUCGUGUGUGAACUCAUUCCUCUUUUGUUGCCGAGCAUUUCUGCCCAAUUACACCCAGCGCGACUGCAGGUCUGUGUUGGGGGGGGCUGGGAGGUGGGUGGGAUAUUGUCGAACACAUUUCUUAGAAGACGCCUGGCUGCCAGCUGGUGUUAUCAUCAUCAUUAGUUGGAUUUUUGAGAUGCUGAGGGACUUGGUCGCCGAAAUCCAAACUGCGUUGUUGAGAAGUUUUCCACCAAAAUGUAAUGGUUGUGCUGUUGGUUUUACCAGCGGACCAGAUGGGAAAGCCAAUACGGUGUCUAGUUGCCUUCGCAGAAGGAUUUAACUAAGAAAAUGUAAUAUAUCUAAGUCAGAUAAAUGUAGGAACAUGACAUUAUUCAUUGGUUGACAAGACUCAUUGUAAAAAAAAAAAAUGUAAAUGAAGAAUGAAAAUGUAAAUUCCUCCUUCUGCAGUUUAGACACAUUAGAUAAAGAAUUUUGUUCCGAAUUAUUUAACUUUCCAAUAUAUCUGUACAUCUUAUAUAUUGCAAUUUUGAAAUGUAACAAAAAGCUCCAUGUGCUAUGAUUGAUUCUCCUUCAUGUGACACUGUCCAUCUCUCCUUCCUUCUCAUCUGCGUCCAUCACACAGAGCUUCAAUUAUUCCUUCGGGUGUUUUGCACUGGGCUUUCUUCCGAUCAAUUCAAAUAGCCGCCCCCCUUCCAACACCAUUUGUCUCGGAGUGUUGAGAAUACUUCUCCUUACCUGACCAAGCUCAUGAGCCAGUAAAAGUUUGGAUCAAAUACAAAAUAUUGGUACAUAUCAUGCGAUGCAAUACGUAUCUCAAUACAGGUGUGGUGAUACGAUACAUAGUGAUGUGUUUCGAUACUGCAAGUUCAGCAAUAUAUUACAAUAAGAACCAGCAUUUUAAGGGGAGAUAUGAGAUAAUGCUGUGCAGUAUUACGGGCAUGAAGAAGAGUCAGACCAGUCAGCUAAAUUUCCUGGUCCAACUGACGGAUGAAUCACUCCUUUAGUCAACAAAAUAACAGUGUGCAAAAGGAAAACACAGCAUAUCUACAUAUCUAUGUAUUAUAUCGGUAUAGAGAACUUAAAAUAUCAAGGCGAUAUCAAUCACGUAUUGCCAUAUUUCAGCAAAAGCAUUGAUACAAUAUUGCGGAACCACAUCGUAUCGAUAGUUUCUGACAUCCAUAUGGGGUGACGUCUUAUUUUUUGAAUCUACACAUGGUGACUUCUAAUGGCCCGGAAUGGAAACCUAGCCUUCUGAAUCAUGGCGUGACGUACUGAACAAAUUCACCAUUUCCUCCGUUUAAAAUUCCUAAUAAUUCUGCAUGGAUGCUUUAUUUUUCUUGCUCCCUCAGAGCUGGGCAAAAUUGCUUAUUUAGUCCCACAGAUUUCUUUGAAGAAUUGCGUCUGUUUGCUGGUGAUUUAUUUCCUGUUCUUUAAUAACCUCGGGGACUCAGGUAGGCUGCACGUUUCUGCAGCCAAUUCUUAAUCUUCUCAGUCCUCGGUGCUUCUAGAGGUCAGCUGUGGAUCAAUGUGUUCAGGUAACUAGAGCUUCCAAAUUGAUUGUGGUCAGAACUGAUAAAGGAAAUUAGUGCGUAUCUGGGUUCCAAUCAUUCCUUUAUUGUUCCAGUUGCACAGGCUUCACUUGUGUCCAAUGGAUUUCCAAGGUUGUGGACAACUAAAUGGCAGGGCUGCAAUAAUGCAGCUAGAACUGUGAGUUGUUGAGCACAGGUUAGCCCAGGAAAGCAAGGCAUUACACUGUAAUGUACUGUAUUAUGACCACACAUUCUUGUUUUUUUUAAGCCUCUACCAAGCAGGGUUUUUUUUGUUUGAGUGUCCGUAAAUAACAUGUCGAGAAUGGGACAAGGAACAGGUGAUAACAACCCAACCCAAAAUCCAUCAAUGGCAUCGAUGAUAUUUCAAAUACUGUAGGUAAAAUAAAUGUAGGACCAUAACAGCCAGUGAAAAUCACAUUAUGGGAGGAAAUUAGCUGGACAAGGUCUGCGCUCCCUCAGCGCUUUUCUACUUUUUCAUGGCUUGGCUGGUCUUUUAUACAGCAAAUACAUUGUUCAUUAAUGUAACAUUUUGUAACAUAAAACCCUCCAGAAUUCUAGUGCUUCUGAGUAGUAACUGAUAUCAUACUGGUUGGUCGGUUCAGCAAAUCCAUCGCAAGUGAAGUGAUAACAAAAGUUUCGCAUUUUUAUUACAAUUGUUCCGAUCUUCUAGCCGUGUUUCCCACACAAAGGCUCAUGGCUGACUUUGCUGCCGCAGCUCUUGCAAUGUUUGUUGUGACUUGUUACCAUGGUUGCGGGUUUGGGUCUUUCAAUGAGUUUGUUCAGACUGAGAUGCUGUGUAAAUCAUCUCUUUUCAUCACAACUCAUCGUGAGAUGUUUUGCUUUCGGAUUUUCGAAUAUUGACUUGUACAUUGCACGGCAUCAGGAUAAUACUUGCCCAAUAUGAUAUUCAUAAAGAAAUGACAUCCACACAUGCAAGUUUUGAGCAACAGAAUAAGGUUGCAAACCCUUUUUUUAAAAGAACCACUCUCACACACUGGGUCACUUUAGGUUCAGGAUGAACGCAGAUCUUAAAAGCAAGGACGACUUUAAUGAUUUCUAAUGGCAUUAAAUGCUAAAUGUUUGAGUUAUUAGCAGAUUCAAGACUUCACUUUGACUUAAAAAUAGUCCCCCAUUAACACCAGCGAUGCCGCUGAACUCUGCGAAGGCUUAAAUACGAUGCCAGCGGCAAUCUGUGCAUUAGCCGAGCGGAUUGUGAAUCUGCCUCUAACAGAUGUUGAGCUGCCUUCAACCAUGAAACUAAUUAGCAUAUUGAGACUAAAUUCAUUUCAGGAUUUUCAUUGAGUUAACACACUGCGCACCACAGCGCUCUGCUCCUGUUAAAGCCUUUAAAAGGUUUUCUUUUGGAUUAGAAAUGGAAACUGGUUCACCACAAUCACCUUGUACCGGCAGGAUCUGACAUUAAACUCCAUCACUUACUGCAGACUGUGGUUAG